AUUUAUUAUAUAAAUAUUGAUAAUUAAAAAAUGGUAAUGAAAAUUUUUCUGUUAACUGAAAAUUUUGGUGGGACUCGAAGUCGUAUCAGAGUUAGUAGAAGGUGGACAUCUCCUUUUAGAGCCAUCGCAGGUCAAAUUUGAGUUGAAAAACCAUUCAUGGCUGGGAACCUCGGAUGCGUGAUCGUGGCCGUUGAUGGCAGCGAGGAGAGCAUGAACGCCUUGAGCUGGGCCCUCGACAACCUCAAGCUCCGAUCCCCUGCCCCCGACUCUACCACCUCCGCAGGCCACUUCGUCGUCCUCCACGUUCAAUCUCCGCCGUCCAUCGCCGCCGGCCUCAGCCCCCCUGCCAUCCCCUUCGGUGGGCCCAGCGAUUUGGAGGUGCCUGCGUUCAACGCUGCGAUCGAGGCGCACCAGAGGCGAAUCACGGAGGCCAUAAUGGAAUACGCUUUGAGGAUUUGUUCCGAGAAGAAGGUGAAUGUGAAAACCCAAGUGGUUGUUGGGGAUCCGAAGGAGAAAAUUGGUGAAGCUGCUGAGAAUUUGCACGCUGAUUUGCUCGUCAUGGGGUCCAGAGCUUUUGGUCCUCUAAAAAGGAUGUUUUUGGGAAGUGUAAGCAAUUAUUGCGCUAACCAUGUGCAAUGUCCAGUCAUCAUCGUCAAGGGAAAGGUGGCUUCCUGAUAAGAAAAGCUUCAGUUCAUCUGUUAUCCUGUUGUGCGACUGCUGAUCAAGAUCAGCUGUUAGUAUGGAGUGUUUUCGGGAGGCGAGACCAGUACUGUUCUUAUGUUGAGUGUGCUGUUGCAAUCUAAGGUCAUUUCUCGACCAACUGUCUUUUAUUUUCUUUUCACGCCGUGUUAAUAUUUGGAGGAAAUUACAGCAAGAUAGUUUUUUUUUUGUUUCGUUGAAAGGAAAAAAAAAAACUGUGAAUAUUCAAUAUUGUAUAGAGUAGCAAUAAAGUCGAAGUAACAGAGGGUUUGGGGAAGUCCUCGUGUUGCAUCCCUUCUUUUUCCGACCAAAAAAAAAAAAAGGUUAAAGUAACAGAACUGAUGUUUUAAGAUAUGCUAUGGAGUUGCUUUCCUUGAGAUGUUA